AUGAGCCGCCAACGUGCAGUCGGUGGGCUCACCACCUCGCUACAAAUGCUGAGACGGCCAUGCAUCAGCACCAUUGCUGGAGAACUGUCUCUCGCUAGGCCUUCCUGGUGUCUUAUUCCCUCUACCGCUACCACGGCUCCUGCAUCCUUUUCGCAAGUGCGAUACAGCGCCCAUGCGCCCAUGGACACUUCUCCGCGCGCUGCAGCCCGCAAGCCCGUGACCAUCACGUCGUUACGCAGCAUGUACAAAAAGGGCGAGCCGAUUGCCAUGCUCACCGCUCACGAUUUUCCGUCUGCGUACGCUGCCGAAGUAGCCGGGAUGGAUGUGGUCCUGGUCGGGGAUAGCCUGGCCAUGGUGGCUUUGGGCAUGACUGAUACUAGUGCAGUGACCCUGGACGACAUGAUCCUGCACUGUCGAAGCGUGUCUCGAGCGGCCAAGGCUGCUUUUGUGGUUGGUGAUCUUUCUAUGGGUUCCUACGAGGUUUCUCCUCAGCAAGCAGUCCAAUCUUCAAUUCGACUAGUCAAGGAAGGCCAAGUCCAAGGGGUCAAGCUGGAAGGAGGAACCGAAUUUGUCCCGGCUAUCCAAGCCAUCACGUCAGCCGGAAUCCCAGUUGUUGCGCACAUUGGCCUUACGCCCCAACGCCAGAAUGCACUUGGGGGCUUCCGUGCACAGGGAAAGACAGCUGCCGCGGCCUUGAAGCUCCUCGAAGACGCCUAUGCUGUUCAAGAAGCCGGUGCGUUCAUGGUUGUCCUUGAGGCUAUACCCGCCGAGAUUGCAGCCAUAAUCACGAAGAAGCUAUCCAUUCCUACGAUUGGUAUUGGUGCCGGAAACGGUUGUUCUGGCCAAGUCCUUGUGCAGGUCGACAUGACAGGCAACUUUGAGCCAGGUCGUCAUCUGCCAAAGUUUGUCAAAAAGUACGCCGAUGCCUGGUCCGAAAUUACCAAGGGAAUUGAACAAUAUCGCACUGAAGUCAAAGCCCGCGAGUAUCCGGCAAUAGAACAUACUUAUCCCGUUCCCGAGCAGCAGGUCGCCGAGUUUCAGAAACUGGCUGAUGCUCGUGGUGAUCAAUAG